GGUUCUGCAGAUCCUUGCCGGUUAGUCAUGAUGUCUAGAGUGAGUGUUAUUUUUCUCUGCUUCAUUGCACAUGGAUGCACUAAAGGUUCCGAAGUAGCCGCAAGCCUCCAAAACCAGCCACCCUUGAAAUGGAGCAAUGGCGAGAAAAAAAUUGGUGAAGGCGUCACAGUAAACGCGUACAUAUUCUAUGACACGGAUCAAUAUAGACAAGAAGUGCCUGAGCAAAACGUAACCAAUUACUUCACACGUAUCUUCUUUCAGGCUCAACAACACUUCCACAAUAACUCGGUAAUGAUAUCUCUAGACAUUCGAAACAUCAGCAUGAAUACGCACCUGGAGGUCAAGGAAAGAGGGAAGGAAGUAUUGGACGGAAAUGCUACACUAAAACUUCUGCAGAACUACUCGGAGACUCAUCGUUUAACGAACGACAGCAUUAUUUAUCUAUACACUAAUAGGACCCCUGUUGACAAAGUUUACUCUGGUGCAGCGCUUCCAGGUCUAUUUUCAACGUUCUCCACGUUUGGAACAUUUUGCAGUAACACAAGCAGCGCCGCAAUUAUAAGUCAGCCACCAAGCAGUUGGAGUUAUUGGCUGACUGUGCAAGCGACGGCAGAAAUGUUUGGUACAAGAAACUUUGCAAAGUUCAAGGUGGAAGACAUAGAAGAAAUGAACAAGACUUUCUUGCACUGUCAUGCUAAAGAAAUAAGCCAGAGUUCCAAAGAAGAUUAACAUCCCAUUUCAGUUAUAACAAAACAAAAACCACCUCUUACGAGCAAAAAAAAAUUACCAAUAAAUAAUGUGAAAAUUGCUCCUUGUAAACAUAUUAUUAAAACUUUGUUUCCUCAUUUCUUAUAGCUGGGAGGAAAUAUUUCCGUCAUCACGAACUUUACGCUAAAAUUCUCGUACUUCGUUCACUGUUCAAAGGAGCCUUUUGACACUUUUUUUAAACAGGAAUAUCUGGUGUGACCAAC